AUGAUGAUGAGACCCAUUAGAGUUGGGUUAGCAAUGAUACUGCUCAUGACCAUAACCGUUCUUACCAUAGUCACCGCACAGCAAGAGGACCAGCAACCACCUCCACCGAUGUUGCCUGUGGAAGAAGUGGGAAUGUGCAGCAGAACAUUCUUCUCGGCUCUGGUUCAGCUUAUACCGUGUAGAGCAGCAGUGGCUCCUUUCAGCCCGAUUCCACCAACCGAGUCGUGUUGCUCUGCCGUUGUCACACUUGGUCGUCCUUGUCUUUGCCUCCUUGCCAAUGGACCUCCACUCUCAGGCAUUGACCGUUCCAUGGCUCUUCAGCUUCCUCAGAGAUGCUUUGCUAAUUUCCCUCCUUGCGAUGUCAUUAACUAGAAGUCGUCUAGGACCCACCUGUCAUCUUCUUCUUUUUUCAUUUACCUUUCGCUGAUUAGUGUAUUAUGGUAUCAGAGUUGCAAAACAUUAAUAAAGAUAUGAAAAAUCCUAG